AUGAGCAACCUUAUUCAGAUUUUGAGGCUGUCUAGAUGGCUUCUUUCAGCACUGUAUAAUAAUGUAUGCACGUGGUUCAACGAAGUACUUGUGAAGGGAGGAAGUUUUUACAGAGACAGAUUUUUUAAAGUUUCAUCAGCCGGUCUGUUUUGUGUAUUGGAUCCAGGCUUUUUGGCAACAUUGGAAACUUAUGGGGCUUUGAUUGAUGGAUUUUGCAAGGCUGGGGAGUUUCAAGUAGUUGAUCAACUGAUGAAAAAAAUGAAUGUGAUGGGAUUGAAUGUGAAUGUACAAGUGUUUAAUAAUGUUAUUGUUCCUCAAUACAAGCAUGGUUUGGUGGAAGAAGCUGCCGAGAUGAUGAGAAGGAUGAAUGAGGUGGGUUGUGAGCCGGAUAUUACGACUUUUAAUAUUCUGAUUAACUUUUUGUGUCGUGUUGGAAGGAUUAAAGAAGCUGAAGAGCUCAUAGAGAAGGUGAAAGAAAGGAAAUUGUUGCCAAAUAAGUUUAGUUAUACGCCUCUCAUGUGCUUGCAUGCUUAUUGCAAACAAGGGGAUUAUGUUAUGGCAUCAGAUAUGCUUUUUAAGAUUGUUGAAAUAGGAGAUAAACCGGACUUGGUUGCCUAUGGAGCUUUUAUCCAUGGAGUUGUUGCUGUUGGGGAAAUUGAUGUUGCGCUGAUGGUCCAAGAGAAAAUGAUGGAGAAGGGUGUUUUUCCUGAUGCUCAGAUUUACAAUGUUUUGAUGAGUGGUCUCUGCAAGAAAGGAAAGUUUCCUGCUGCCAAACUACUACUAUCAGAAAUGCUUGAUCGAAAUUUACAACCUGAUGCGUAUGUUUAUGCCACUCUGGUAGAUGGGUUUAUUAGAAAUGAUGAACUUCAUAAGGCAACAACUCUUUUUGAAGUUGUAAUGAGUAAAGGUAUAGACCCUGGCCUUGUCGGGUUCAAUGUCAUGAUUAGGGGUUUAUGUAAAUUCCGAAAGAUGACAAACGCUGUGUCAUACUUAUAUAAGAUGAAAAAUAUGCAUCACGCUCCAGAUGAAUACACUUACUCCACAGUUAUAGAUGGAUUUGUAAAGCAUCGUGACUUAGAUAGUUCACUCAAGAUGUUUGGACAGAUGGUGAAACAGAAAUAAAAGCCAAAUGUGGUUGCUUAUACCUCCUUGAUCGAUGGAUUCUGUAAGAAAGCAGAUAUGAGCAGAGCUGAAAUUUUUUUCAAAGGGAUGCAAUCUUUUAAUUUGGAGCCUAAUGUUGUCACAUACACUAUAUUUAUCGGUGGUUUUUGUAAGGCCGGUAAACCUGAAAAAGCAGCAUCCUUUUUUGAGCUAAUGCUGAUGAAAAAUUGUCUUCCAAAUGAUACUAUAUUCCAUUAACUCAUACAUGGUUUAAAAAAUAUUACAAAAAGUACAGUUCUUAUCAGAAAAUAUGACGAAAGUGACAGAUCCUUGAUUUUGGAUUUCUUUUCAACGAUGAUAUCGGGUGGAUGGAGUGAAGUGAUUGCCGCUUAUAAUUCUAUUAUUGUUUGUCUUUGUAAGCAUGGAAUGGUUGAUACUGCCCAGUUGUUACAAACUAAGAUGCUGAGGAAAGGGUUUCCUAUGGAUUCUGUAUGUUUGAGUGCCCUGCUGCAUGGUUUAUGUCAAACAGGAAAAUCGAAAGAAUGGAGAAAUAUUAUAUCCGGCGAUCUGAAUAAGAUUGAACUCCAAACUGCUUUUGAGUACUCCCUGAAAUUAGACAAAUACCUGCAUCAGGGAAGGCUCUCAGAGGCUUCAAUUAUUUUACAGACCUUGAUUGAAGACUCAAAAUUUUAUGAUAAAUCAGACAAAAAUCAAAGGGUGACA